UUAUGGAACAGCAGAUUUUUUGUUAAAUAUUAUCGUUUUCGAUAUUCGCUUGGCUACCUCGAUUUGGUGGAAGAGGAUCCUGUUACACAAAGCGGAACACAGCAGGAAGAAAAUAUCGAAAAUAUCCUUGAUGAUGUGCCGGAGGAGGAGGAUGAAGAAGAAGAAAGAGCAGCAGAACCAUAUUCCACAGUCGCAGAAACUGAUUUCAAAUUUUCUGAUUUCAUACAUAGAUUUGCCAACGUGAAGAUUGUGAAAGCAAUGUUGAUUUUGCUACAACAAUUUGAUAAAAACACGGAUGAAGUUAAUCAUUAUGUUAAUAAAAUGCUUCAUCGUAUAGCGUGGGAUUGCAAAAUGCCAGGAAUGAUGUUCCAAGCAUCAAUGUUCCGUGUGUUUCAAAGGAUCCUUGAAUCCAAGUAUUAUGGUCAUAAGGAACUGCAAAAGUUCGCGGUCUUCAUAAUCCGUCGUUUCAUCGAAGUCGCGCAGAAGAACCGGAAAGCGUACAUGGAGCUGCUGUUCUGGAAGACCUCUCGUGACGCAAGCGACGUCGUCGAGGGUUACAACGCGGAAACGGAUAGCAGGAAACUUUCGCACAAGCUCUGGACCGAAACCCAAGAGGACGAAUUACGCACUCUCUUUAUGGAACAUCAGACUAACAACUAUUCCCAAGACAUCGUCAGUUGGAUACUACAGAAUAUUAAUCAGGAACGUACUCGUCGUGGCGUCAUUAAAAAAUUGAAGGAAAUGUGCUUGAUUGUCAAUUCCAAGGCCGUGCGAAGCGAGGUGCAGAAGAGGCUUCCAAAGGAGUGGUCCGAAGACGAGGUGUCCCAGCUCACGGAACUCUGGCAGGAGCUGAAAGAUGACGACGAUCCAGUAGACCUGAUCUUCAACGGGCUCACAAUAAAGCGACCGAAGCCAAAGAUCAAGGAGAAGCUUUUGGAAUUGGGAUUGGCCAAGGAUCGCAAGGAGCUACGCAAAAAGCGAUCGAGAAAAAGCAACCACGGUAAAUCGUCGUGGGAAACGCAGUCUGCCAGUAAUUCCGACGAGGAUGAAGGCAGCGACGAGGAAGCUGGAAAAUCCUCGAGCAAUAAGAACACGGCUCCCAAUAAACCGAGGAACAAGGGGGCGAAGAAAAAUGCGAAGAAACAGCCGACGAUGGUUUACACGGAUGCACAAUUAUCUGGACUCUUGAGGGAUGUCAUCGAAAAAAAUAUGAGCCCAGCUCUGGAAUGGAUCAAGGAAUCCCUACAGGAUGUCCUGGACGAUCAAGACGAGGAAAGCUCCGAAGGUAUCCCCUUAGUCCCGCUGACAGAUUAUUCGUCGGCUGCGAUGGAUUCACCGAGCUUUCAGAAGCUUAUUCGAGCUAUGGGAUUCGCGCCUCCUGCUGAUGAACAAGAAUCUUAUUGGCGCAUACCGGCUAAUAUGCUUAGCUCAAUGAUUCAGAAGCGCUGCAAUCUUAUCGAGGCUGCAUUGGAAGGAAACUUCAUCGAAGAAGAAGAUGCUAUAAAGAAGUUGCAAUCUGAUAAUGAUGAAAGCAUUGGGAGCGAGGAUGAGGACGUUCUAGCGAAUAUUAGAAAAUAUUUCACUUCUAAAGCUGAGCCACAGCCAUCGACUUCUCGUGAAUCUGAUACUGAAGCUAUUAUCCAUUCCACGCCGAAGCCAUUAAAAAGCUCUACAGUUACCUCAACGUCGAUCGAACAUGUCGAUACAGAAGUGGAGGAAGCAGAAACAAGAAACCCGCAAACAGUCGAAAUUUCGAAAUCUGAAGGAAGAAAGUCCGGCAGACGUAUUAAUUUACUGGCUGAUUCAUCUGACUCUGAAUUGGAGAUAGAAAUCAAUACUAAUAAUGCUGAAGAUGAAGGAAAGAGACAUCGAUCCGAAGAGUCAGACGAGAAUGAAACUGUGAAGAAACGUCGUCUAGUGGAUAGCGACGAAGAGAAGGAGCCAUCAACGUCAAUGGAUACCGAGAUGAAACGCACUAAAACGAUUAUUAGUGACGACGAGGAAGAAGUAACACAAGAGCAACGUAAACAACAAAGGUCAUCUCGCGCAAUAAUUAGCGACGAUGAAGAUUGA